GGUCGCGCCGCUGCUCUCUUCCAGGCCGGCCGACGGGAGCGCGCAGACAGGCUUCGUCGAACAGGCAGCGCGGCACUUGCCGACGCCGGCGCGCAUACAAGAGGCCGUCGGCGGACGGCACUCGGCGCUUGACCCGCCGCGGGUCACCAGGGCGGCUGCCCUCGUCCGCACACAGCAGACUGGCCAACAGGUGGCAAGCAUGCAAAGCAUCUGUCACCUGGCUGGCCUGACAGCGUGUCUGCUGGCCGUGGCCGUGGCACUAAAGACGCCACACCAACGGCCGCCUCGCAUCGGCUUCCUGGGCAUGCGCGGCAAGCGCGACGCACCGCGGCUGGCCCACGAGGUGGCGCUGGAGACGCGGCAGCGGCGCCUCUCCUACCCCAUCUCGCGCCUGCUGCGGCUCAGCGAGCUGUACGGCGACCUGUACGAGCGCGCCGACCGCGCACCCUCCGGCUUCACCGGCCUGAGGGGAAAGAAGGUGCCGUCCGGAUUUAGCGGUCUCCGCGGCAAGCGCACAGGGCCCCGGCGGGUCCCCAGCGGCUUCGCCGGGCUCCGCGGCAAGAAGAGUGGCCCGACGGCGUUGGAGACGCUGCGCGGCAUGCUGGAGGAGGCGGCGGAUGAGAAGCGGUCGCCGAGUGGCGCGUUCCUCGGGCUGCGCGGCCGCCGCCAGGCACCGCUGGAGGCCGAGUGACCGCGGCGCUGGCGAGGUCAGCGUCGUCCGCUGGUGGGAACGGCACGUGCACCGGGCCAGCGGGCGGAGCGGUGCUGGCUACUGGGAGACGAGGUGCCGCCUGCGGCCGCCGAUCGUCGCAUCACUAGCCGGUCACCCGACCCCUCGACGCACGCGGAUGUCUUGCGGUCCAGGCCACAGACGGUCUCCGUCGUGGCCGCAGGUCGCCAUACGGUCGGGUGUCACGCAAGUCCUGGCUCUCGAUCUGGAUGCUGAAACUCACCGGGGCCCCUGGGCGCUUCAUUUGUGUUUGAUGACGGAGCAAGCCGUUAACUGUGCGACACUUAAUCGCGUCCGAACAACGGAGGGAUGUGGGUCCUUGCUUUGAGCAACUAUAAGAAAGUGGUCAAAAGUUCGACCUGCGUAUGCCCCUUGUUAACAUGAUUGCGUUGUCACUUAUAAAGCCAAUAAUCGACACUUCGAGCAUUUUAAGUUCGCAGUGCACGAAGAAAGACUUAUGAAGGAAUACCACCGCCAAUGUCUCACCCGUAGGCCUAAUAUGGCAGUGCGACAGUUUCCUUCGAGUCCGUAGAGCAGAUAAUUUGGGGUGCCGUUGCUCGACAGGUUAUGAAUAUGAUCAUUGAAUAAAGGCACGGCAUAUGGAAUGCAACAAUUUCGUAGGCGAUUAGGCCAUUGUAAAGAACGGCAAACAAAUUAGAAGUUCGCGAGACCCAAAUUACGCCGCUUGUUGCGGUCCACAUAGUGACGAGCCGAGCCUGACAAGGACAAAUACGUUGCAGCGAUCGUCGAUCCAUCAGCGCCCCAGCGUUCACCCACGGAACAGGUGAUAAACCGUUACAACGCUUAUAUCACGACAGUAUAUAUGCAACUAACCCCCUGUACGUGCGCGUGAGUAAUUUGCUUUGUUGGACGCGCAUUCUCGACUUGCGUUGACCGUUGGCUGGCGGUCCGUUCUGUGUUUGAUGCGCAGCCGGCGCGGGCGGCCAUUUCUGGCCGGCGGCGCCGCUAUCUGUCGUUGUUUCUGCUUCACUUUGUCGGCGGCCGGCGGCCUGCGCCCGGGGCGUCGGCGUCGGGCGGCCGGCAUCUGAUGCAGACCGACGGGUCGGCUGACGGACGGCCGCGGGCAGGCGACG